AUGGCCGCGCCCCUCACGCCUCAGUUGGAAGAACUGCGCAAGGCGGCUCUCUCCGUCCUAAAGCACGCCUACUGCGGGUACAGCGAUUUCCCAGUUGGUGCAGCCCUUGCAGACGACAAGGGACGCAUUUUUACCGGUGUCAACGUGGAGAACGCCUCCUUCCCCUGUGGAUGGUGUGCCGAAGUUAGUGUCUUCGGAGCGGCGCUCACAGCCGGUGCGAGAGAAUUCACCGGGAUGGCUGUCGCGGUGGACAGGGAUCAGUUCUCAUCACCGUGUGGUCGAUGUCGACAGGUUAUCUGCGAGUUCUGCUACGGCAAGAACAUGCCGCUACUGCUUGUCAACGGGAAAGGCGAAUACCAGAAGACAACUAUUGAGGAGAUUCACAAAAUGGCCUUUCAAAAGAAAUCCAUGGACAAGUGUUGA